AUGGAAAGAGAUGCUACUGGCAGGGUUCUCAAUGGUAAUAAUCAAUCAGGAUCUUGCAGCAGUAGUGAUAGUACUAAAUAUGUUGUUGGGUCUUCUUCAUCAAAGUCUUUGCACUUCUUCGUGAGAAACUCAAAUACAAACGUAAUACAUGCAAAUGAAGAUGAUACGAUUGAAUCUGUUCAUGAACAAAUUAGAAAAAAGACUAAAAUACCUUUGCCUGAGCAAGGUUGUAUAUAUUACAGAGGAAAAAAGCUUGAGAUGGAUAAAACCCUAGAAUAUUAUUCGAUACAGAAAGACGCACAGCUUCAACUGGUUGCAAGGGUGAGGAGUACUAAACAUCCGAAAGCAUGGAAAAUUGUUAAUAAGUUAGUCUCCACAAUAGGCUGUCUCUGUAGAGGUGAACGUAGAAGUACUGGUGCAAAUAAAAUUGUUUUUGAUGAUGUUCAGCUGUUUAUUAAUAUGUCUUCGAAACUGAAUGAUGGUGCCAGUACUUUUAGUCAUAAUCAGAUAUUUGUAUCUGGAGGUGCUGCAGCAUCUCUGGUUACGUUGUUUGUUUCACCGGUUACAGGUAACAAAGAGUGUGCCGAAGAAGCAAUCCAACUUUUUUUACACCCUCUUACUUCUGAUACGGUAACAACUGAAUUACAAACUCAUUAUAUUUCUAUUAUUUUAGAGUUCUGUAAAUUGCUCUCUGAAAACACAUCUAAAGACAAUCCGCUUUAUACUUCUUGCCGAAACACACUAGGAAAAAUGUUGGAAAUAUUGCAACUCGUGCAUGGUGAUAAAGGAACAGUUGUAAUUCAGGGGUUGUCUUUGUUUGUAUCUGAGCUGGGACGUAAGGUGAUAAAGGGUUUAGACUCUUGUAUUAAUCCGCAACAAAUUGCUGUAAUGUCGUUGUCAGAUGAUGUUCGUAAUUUUAUUGCAUUCUUGACUCCCUUGUGUAGCGGUUUAGGCAUGAUGAAUCUUCUACCUAUUUGUUUGAGUGAUUUACUCCCAUGUUAUGUCAUGGAGCUUGGAACACUACAUGUUGUCUUCUUAGAAAUGCUUGGAAAAAUGGAUAAAUGCUUGGAGGAAUUGGAGAUUUCGGUUGCCCAAACUACAGGGAAAAUUCAUAUUCUUCGGAGUGGAUGGGGUCAAUAUCUUUUUAUACUGAAAGCACUGAAUACUUUAUCUAAAAUUUAUAAAGGUGCUGAAGAAAAUGUUCUAUCUGUUCUGCGGUCAAGGCAGGUUGCUAUAAACGCUCUAAUUUUGCAUUCAAGGAGAAGUGAUGAUCAUCGGUGGAUUCUUGAGCAUAAGGAUUUGACAACUUCUGAAUCUAGGAGGCACUUGACGAUGAUGUUGUUGCCUGAGGUGAAAGAUGAUGGGCGUAUGUUUGAAAUGCUUAUUGACAGGAAACGGUUACUGGCUGAAUCAUUUGAGUAUAUAAGCAAAUCUGAUGUUAAAAAAUUGCUUGGUGGUAGACUAUUCAUGGAGUUUAAAAAUGAGUUAGCAACUGGUCCUGGCGUUUUAAGAGAGUGGUUUUGCGCAGUCUGCCAAGCAGUAUGCAAUCCACAGAAUGCGCUAUUUGUAGCUUGCCCAGACGACAGUAGAAGGUUCUUUCCUAAUGCAGCAUCUGAUGUCAACUCACUCCACCUAAAAUAUUUUCAAUUUUUUGGACGGGUAAUUGCAUUAUCACUGGUGUACAAAGUGCAAGUAGGAAUCCUAUUUGAUCGCACAUUUUUCUUGCAAUUGGCUGGAAAGACCGUUUCUUUGGAAGAUGUGCGAGAUGCUGAUCCAUUAUUUUAUUCGAGCUGCAAGAAAAUUCUGGAAAUGGAUACUGAAUUGUUGGAUUCAGAUGCUUUGGGUCUAACAUUUGUAAGAGAAAUAGAAAAGUUAGGAUCCAGGACAACUGAGGUGCUCCGUCCAGGAGGAGAUAGCAUUGCGUUGAAUAGCAAGAACCGAAAAGAGUACAUAAAUCUCCUUAUACAUCAUCGUUUCGUGAAAUCGGUACAAUAUCAAGUAACAUCUUUUGCCAAAGGUUUUUCUGAAAUUCUUUCCGGUACAUCCCUUCUUGAAUUCUUUUUUCGGAGUUUAGAGCAUGAAGAUCUUGAUCGGAUGCUGCAUGGAAGUGAUAGAGCUAUAUGUGUCGAGGACUGGAAGGCGCACACCGAGUACAAUGGCUGUAAGAAAACUGAUAAUCAUAUCAACUGGUUCUGGAAGAAUGUAGAAGGCAUGUCGGAUGAGCAGCGAAGGGUACUUCUUUUCUUCUGGACAGCAGUGAAGUACUUACCGGCGGAAGGUUUUGGUGGGCUUCAGUCUCGAUUGUUUAUACACAAAUCACUCAACUCCCCUAAACGACUACCUUCAGCGCACACAUGCUUCUAUCAGUUAUGCCUUCCGCGCUAUAGAUCUAAAGCCACGAUGCAGAAAUCUCUUCAAAUCAUCACCCAAGAACACGUGAGCUGCAGCUUUGGUAUGGGGUGA